AUGGUGCGGUUUGGCCACAGUGCUCAAAAGUCAAAUCAAGUUUAUAGAAGAAGCUGGAGUGAUGACUAUUACACAUCAAAUCAGUGUUAUGAUUUGAGUGUUUGGUCUGAACGAGAAGAAUGGUACGACAACAGGGUGUGUUACAGUUGUGAAGAAAUUGGACACAUUGUUGUAAAUUGUCUAAGAAAGAAAUUUGUUUCGAGAAGAUGCUAUAAUUGUCAAAUCAAAGGUCAUGUUGCCAGAGAUUGUCCAGUGAGAUCAAAGAGAGAAUCGUUGGAUAAACCUCACAAGAAAGAGAAGAAGAAAGUUGAUAAAGCUGGAGAAAAGCCCAAAGAACGGAAAAGAAAAUUACCACAAGGGCAUAAAGAUAAAUUCAGAAAUAAAAGAAAGAAAGUGAGAGAGUAUUUAGAUAAAAUUUUGUCCUCGGAUACAGCAGUUGAUUCAGAUGAAUGUUCUGAUGAAUCGUUUUGUUCUCCAAAGAGUGAUCAGUCAACUAAAAUGAAAACUGAGAGAAGUGAUCAGUCAAGUAAAACAAAUUCAUCAGAUACAAAUCUAAGGACAGAAGACAGAACAGUGGAGAUGAAAGUGAUUCAUCAAAUAGUUAUGAAACCAAAGCAAAUUUGGAGAACUAAAGUUUCAGAUGAAGUUUCUACCCCAGUGGAAAUUUCGAAACUGUUCAAUGACAAAAGAGAUUGUGAAUGGACUGCUAUUACUAAAAUUGAUGAAUUUGGUCAACCUAAAUCCAUUUUGGAUUGGGUUCCAAUUCAAAACUAA